AUGGAGCGAUGUGUGGUGGACUCUCCCCCCCGAGCAGCUCCUUCCGAAGGAGCCUUAUCUCAGGUCGGUGGUCCCGACGCCUUGGAGUACGAGCCGGGCCGGGACAUCCUGGACAUCUGGUUUGACAGCGGAACCUCCUGGGCCUGUGUGCUUCCAGGUACGGACCAAAGAGCAGACUUAUACUUGGAAGGAAAAGACCAGCUUGGCGGUUGGUUUCAGUCUUCCUUGUUAACAAGUGUGGCUGUGAGGAAAAGAGCCCCUUUUAGGACGGUGGUGGUCCAUGGGUUCACCCUUGGAGAAAAGGGUGAGAAGAUGUCCAAGUCUCUAGGGAAUGUCAUUGAUCCUGAUGUUGUCAUCAAUGGAGGACAAGAUCAAAGCAAAGAGCCUCCUUAUGGUGCUGACGUCCUUCGCUGGUGGGUCGCCGAGUCCAACGUCUUCACUGAGGUGACACUGGGUCCCUCUGCACUGAAUGCCGCCCGAGAGGACAUCUCCAAGGUCAGAGCUCCUGCGUCCUGUUGCCCGUGAAACAUUUACCAGACC